AUGGAAGGCAAACUUUUCUACCUCUCCAGCACUACCGAUGUGCGCAACAUGGACAAAGAGGCCAAGGACACUGGCUGCGAGACCUGGUACCUGUUAUGCGCCCUCGAUUCAACACCGCAAGAGUACACGAAGAAACAAAAUGUCGAGCCUGGACGCAUUAAUGAUGAGACCGGCACCCCUCGCUGCGCCAUCGUCGACGCGUCCGCCUGUCAUCCUUAUGCCCCCUCUAUGAUCAGUGACCCUCACUGCCGCGCUGAUCUUGCCAUUCUCGUCUUAUGCUCCUGA